CGUCAGGUGAUUGCGCGGGAAACUAUGCGUGUUAUGCGGUGACGUUCGGAAGAGAAUCUAGGCUCGCGCAGAUGACUUGUUGAGGACGUUAUCAAUCUUAAAGGUUUGGACGACUUCAGCAACGAAAAAGCUUCACUACUGGGUUAAAUUGCCUUCUCCACGACAAGUUUUCAUCUACAUCCGGUGAUAUUAGACAGUUUGACAUCGGACGAGUAUAUUUAAGUGAUGUGUUCCAACAAAAACUUUAUGCAAAAGUCGCGAGUUAGGCUACAGGUGGUCGCAUGGACGUUGACGGUUGAAGAUUGAUAUUUUGCCCGAGGCUGUAUGACACGACCGGAGAACGCUUACUUAAUAACAAUGAGCCAGUUUGUGUGCAGCGUGAUACGGAUUAAUUGAGAGCGGACUAUCCUUCAAGACAGAGAUCGCUUACACCCUGCUGACAAAAUCAACAAAGGGCCAGACAUAUACUCUGAAGUAGGGCGGUACAGCGCUAUGGGGAACGAACCCUCCAAACGGUCCAUGACGAAGACGGGUGGCCAUGCUACGUCUAUCAGCAACGGCCAACAUGUCGACAAGAUGCCACGUGACGAAUCACCGGAAGUGUCCGGUGUCCAUGGUGACAGUGGCGAUUUGGGGAAAAUAGAUAUUUUGCGAUCAGAUUCAAAUAACACAUCGCAUAAUGCUAAAACUUUGCUAGAAGUGGCCAAUGGUCAACACGUGACGGACAAUGUAAGUAGUGUCACUGCUGGCGAGAGUGUGGACAAUACAGUACCUGAGUUACAGGAUAAUGCAGUGUCUAUCAGUGUAUAUAAGGACAAUGUCAAAGAAUCAUCCACAGACAGUCGGACAGAAACAAGUUCGCCCCCUAGUGGGAACGUGGACGAUCAAACAGACACACCACCAACAACCCCGCGCAAGGACACACAGACAACCCCGGGUAGGGACGAUAGUGGUGUGGAGAGUUCUAGUGACAUAGUACAGGUCGGUAGGUCUAGUGGGGUCUCCGGCACCAAGUCAAAGGUAAACAAGAAGUCUAAGAAACUUGAAGAUAGUAAGAAAAUAAAUAAAUCAACGUCACAAAUUAACAUGAACGAGUCGAUUGAAGAUGAAGUUGUAUCCUUAAAAAAGGACAAGAAAAAGAAGCUUAAGAAAAAGAUUUCAAAACAAAAUAGCACUGUGAGUGACGUCGGUAUGACGUCAACAGUGUCGAUGUCAUCCGGUCUCAACGUCAGCAGCGUCAGCUCUGACGCCGGACACGGGACUCUCGAACGUUCUGUCAGCUCAGUGGAACCAGGUUUUGGUGUCGUGAAUUCAAAGGAAAAUAAGAAACCUCGACGACCCCUCAGUAAGUCCUUCAGUGACAUCGAACAACAAAAAGAAAAGAAAAAGAAAAAGAAAGUGGACAAGAAAAAGUCAAGUAUAGUUUCAACGAUGCAAGUACCGGUAGAGAACACAAAUAAAGAGAAACGGAGAAGUAUUUUCGAGGAGGACUUCACGGUGGAACUUGGAUUCGCAGAGGAAAAUUUAGAUGUUGUAUCACUGUCCUCCUUGUCUUCCGAUGAUGAAAAUGUCAAUUUGGAAAAUGGACACAAAAAAAGAAAGCAGGGGACGGCCGACCAACAGAAUGACAACGAGGAAAUCGUCAAAUCAACUUAUCGGUCUACGUCAGAAACCAGCAUCACUUUAAAAGAUUCAUUCAUUGCAGAAAAUAAAAUAAAUGAAGAUGCUUAUAAACAUAUUGUGUACGAAAGAAAAAUCACUGUUCUUAAACAUGAACCGGUUUUAUCAGAAAGGGGCAGCAUCGAGACAAGUGAACAGGACAAUAAUCUAGAGACAGAACCAAAAAACGAUAUUAGUGAUGAAGAGAUUAAACCAGACGUGUUAAAACAACUCAGCAUCGAUUACAGUAGUGAGGGAGAAGACGUCGACGAACCUGUCGAUGAUGUUCUAGGUAAUUAUUCAUUAGUUGAUCAGAUCGUUGCACAUGUAUCACGUGAAUAUUGCUGCGCCCCACAGGAGAUUCUAACUGACAGGAACAAAAAUGGCGUUCGACGAAUUGGACACUCUCAUUCCAUGUCACCGACAGAAGGAGGAAAGCUUCAUCGUCCGGUACGGAGACAAUACUCAGAGGACGUCACAAGAACAAGAUUUGUUAAUUCACCCGGCCCAGACGAAUCUGAGGGUGACUUUCAUGACCAUCCAAGACGAGUUAUACUAACCAGACCUCUAUCGUUUGACUACCCAUCAUCCACAUUUUCGUCAUCUUCAUCAUCAUCAAAACCAUCUAAAAAGAGACAAAAUUCGUUUUCUGAAAUGCUAAAAAAAUCUACCACCACCUUCACUAAUCAUCGAAGAAAAUCGGAAAUUAAAGGUGAGUCAUUGAAAGAACAGAAUGUAGGAAAAACCAGAGACGGCCUGGCUACCUCUAUUGUUUACAUGUGAAUACAUGUAUGAAAAUGUACUUCGUUUACUGCACGUCUGCCAAUUAAAGAAAAUAGAAAUCUAGACGUGCCAAUAAAAAAAAGAAUUCUAUACCUAUUGUUUAGCAUUUAUAAAACCAUCAAUAAUUUAAAUCAAAAUAACAUUUUGAUCAACGAGGUAUUUUCUGCUAAACCGGAAGUCGGUCGACGCCAUAUUUGCCAAUCCUCCGUCAGUGAUGUAUAAAACAGCUGAUCCUGUCGACAGAUUAUCACGGCUCACACUAUAUACACAAAAAGAAACAUUUACAAAUGAACUGCUCACUAAGUUAAAAUAUAUAUCACGUUCGUUUAAUUGGACUCUAUUUAGUAUAGUGUUUUUCAUCAUUUCAUCUGAUGGCCUGCCAAUGCGAUAAAAAUUACAUUGGCAUUAUAUGAUAUAUGUCAAACCUAAGUGCAAUAUAACAGGAGUUUUGCAUUUUGUAUUAAACUGUUAUAAA